GUUUAUGUGUAUUUUUAUAUGUUCCGUGCACGACUUUUGGAUCGAUAGUCUGAAACCCUAGAAUACCAAAAUACAGAAGGUGUUCAUCUCUCUCUUGAAUCUACAACGUCGAGUUGACCUCGCCAUUUGCACAAUUCUCUCUGCAAUCUAAACGAGGUACAUAUUUUUGCACCACAUGGCUGGGCAAAGAAGUAGUCAUGGAAAACGUUCACAUUCUCAAUCUGAUUACAGUGAUCAUGGAAGAAGCAAGAGGCGUAACAACAGUGAUGAUAGAGGAGGACAAAACUCUAUUGGUUCAGAUGACACUGUGUAUCGCUACUUAUGUCCUAGUAAGCGAAUCGGAAGCAUAAUGGGAAGAGGUGGUGAUAUAAUCAAGCAAUUAAGAUCCGAAAGCAAGUCAAAGAUCAGAAUUGGGGAAACAGUUUCAGGGUGUGAUGAACGUGUGGUGACUAUCCAUAGCACGAGUGAUGAGACAAAUGAUUUUGAUGAUCCUGAUGAACGAGUGUGUCCAGCAAUGGAUGCUCUUUUCAAAGUGUAUGAUAGAGUUGUUGCUGAUGACCUGGCGGAUGACAUGGAUCCUGAAGAAACACCACAAGUUACAGUUCGCCUUCUUGUCCCUUCAGAUCAAAUUGGAUGUGUUAUUGGAAAAGGUGGACAGAUUGUUCAAACUAUACGAACUGAUACUGGUGCUCAGAUUCGGAUCAUGAAAGAUAAUCACCUGCCUGCUUGUGCGUUAAGCAGUGAUGAACUUGUGCAGAUAUCAGGGGAAGCAUCUAUAGUAAGAAAAGCACUCUUCCAAAUAGCAACACGCCUCCAUGACAACCCAUCAAGAUCUCAACACCUGCUGUCUUCUUCCACACCUAAUGCUAAUGCUAAUGCAUACCAUUCUGGUGGGUCCCUCAUGGGGGGUACACCUGGGGGGGCACCAAUCAUGGGGUUGGCCCCACUUGUGGGUGCAUAUGGGGGUUACAAGGGUGAAAGUGGUGGUGAAUGGGCCCGUGGGUUUUACCCGGGCCCACGUGAGGAUUCUUCUCCAAGGGAGUUUCAUCUUCGUUUGAUUUGCCCAACUGGAAACAUUGGUGGUGUAAUAGGAAAAGGUGGUGCUAUAAUUAAUCAAAUUAGACAGGAAACUGGUGCAGCUAUUAAAGUUGAUAAUUCAUCAACUGAAGCAGAUGAUUGCAUAAUAUCUAUUUCAGCCAAAGAGGCAUUUGAAGAUGCGUUUUCUCCAGCUAUAGAAGCUGCAUUACGUUUGCAACCAAGGUGUAGUGAGAGAGUAGAGAGAGAUUCGGGUCUAAUUUCAUUCACAACCCGAUUGCUUGUUCCAACUUCUCGAAUCGGAUGCCUUAUUGGAAAAGGAGGAGCAAUAAUCACAGAAAUAAGAAGAAUUACAAAAGCAAACAUUCGAAUACUUUCCAAAGAGAAUCUCCCAAAAGUUGCAGACCGUGAUGAUGAGAUGGUACAGAUUUCUGCAGAUCUUGAUCUCGCAAAGGACGCACUGUUACAAGUGACAUCAAGGUUAAGGGCAAAUCUAUUUGAAAGAGAAGGGGCAUUAUCGACAUUUGUCCCAGUUCUUCCAUAUCUACCUGUAGCACCUGAUGUGGCUGAUGUUGGAAAGUAUGAAAGCAGAGAUUCUUCAAAAGCUCAUCAUCAUGGAAGAGGACAUUCUUAUUCUUCUGCUAUGGUGGUAGCUUACAGGGACGAAGUGGUGGUGAUUCGUAUGGAGCGUAUGGUAGCUAUUCUUCAGGUCGCAGUGGUAGUUCUGGGUUAUCAAGGCGAGAUAAUAACCCUAGUUCUAGGCGGAGGGAUUAUGGUUAUUGAAGCUGAGCCUGAGCCUGAGCCUGAGACACAUACUUGAAGCCAAGCCUGAAGCCUAAAAACCAGAGGACCAGUUGAACCGAACUGAACCGAACCAUUUGAAGAUGAAAAAUAUUACUAGUGAUGUCAUAUUUAUCCAUAAGAUUUGAUUUCUUAAGUUCCAAACAACCUGUGCCUUGAAUCAAUCAAUGUUUCCAAAUUCCUAAAAACCUUUUCACUUUUCACACUUUGUAAUGUUCACUAUUUAAUCCACCUUUUACCAUCUAUUAGGUCGUAUAACAUAAUAAGACAACCCCUUGUGAUACUGAUCACUGUGUUUGCUAUGCAUUGGACUAUGAUACUAAUACUGAUACCAACUGAUAGAGGCACAAAAUUACAAUUUUUUUUGUCCCACCAACCAUGCUUUUAGUCUCUUUGCAUGAUGCUUUGUUUUGGUUUUAUCUGUAUAUCUAUUUUUUUUUUUCUAUUGAUGAGUGGAAGAGGGGGCAUGUAUCUAUUCCAAUAUGAAAGAAAUAGAAACGGAGGGCUAUUGAAGGUUUGUCAAGAUGAUGUUUUUUUUUGGUUUUGGGUAGAAGAAAGAUGCUUAUUCUGUUACCUUUUUUUUGAAGUUAUUUGUUUAAAUACUUGAUAUGGUUUUUGUUUAUUAAGAUGUUACAAUACAGUUUAGGGAUUACAUAAAAUUGGUUUGAC